AUGAGAGGAACUCAAAGUCUGCCACGUGCAGCAGCACUGCAGCAGAGGCUCUCAAAUCCCAUUGCCAGACAGCUGAAGCACCCAGGCAUGCAGACAGGCAAGAAGGACAGUCCAGAAUGUGAGGUACUGUCAGCCUUGAAAGCUCUUCAUCCUCGGCGGAAUCUUUUCGACUCCAGCUCGCGUUUCCAGCCGGACACUAAAGAGUGUCGUACCUCCCGGUGCUCUUUCUUUUUAGGUCCGCCCUCCUCUACGCCCGAGGUUUUUGAUUUCCCGGCAUGCCUUGCGAGGGCUACUUCUCUUCCGGUUGGGUUCCCGAGCCGUAGCGGAGGUGGAGCUCGCAAGUGGCACAGAAAUGGCAUUAAGAAGCCCAGGUCGAAUAGAUACGAAUCUCUAAAAGGGGUUGAUCCCAAGUUCUUGAGGAACAUGCGCUUUGCAAAAAAACACAACAAGAAGGGGCUGAAAAAAAUGCGAGCCAAUAAUGCUAAAAAUGCCAAGUAACCAACUCAUCUUUGAAAAGCAAAAGGGACUGACUUGCUAGGAACUUGGAUCAGCAGUUUUUCCUCUUUCUCUUCAUUUUCACUCAAAGCAUUUUGUUUAAAUAAAACUUGAGUGUGAUGUACAUA